AUGAUGAUCAUUACCAUCGAAUUGACUGAGGUUCCGGAGCUAAAGAGGUUUAUUGAUAUCAAAAAUGAUGGCCUCGAAGAAGAAAAGGAUCCAGGAAGCAAGUUGACAACGGACGACGUGUUCAGGUAUUGUCAACGGAUCAUCGACAAUAUUAGGCUGAGUGGAUCGGAAGGUAUCGGUGCAGCUGGGGGAAAUCAAAAUCAAUCCCGUUCAAACCAAGAGUCUCGCUCACAAAGCUCUGGUUCUAGCCACUAA